GGAGGUGACUUUGCUGAAUCAAGUAAUAUGUUUAGAGGUAUGAUGGAACGUCUGGAUUUAGCAUUCAAAGAAAAGAACCAGACUAUGCAGAGGCUGGUUGAGAGUCAAGCAGAAUCCUCCAGACGUCAAGAAGAGAUAAUCAGACAAUGUAUGGAAGACAUGAGACGGGUCUUUGAGGAAGGCACUAGGGUGAUGCGAGAAACUGGGGAAGAAAGUCGCAGAACACUACAGAUUCAGGAAGCCCCAAUCCCAGCACUCGGGGGGCAAGGGAAUCAGCCUCAUCCUAACAUUCAACAACAGAAUUUCUUCAUGGGUGAAGGACAAAGACAGCAUGAACCAAUGGAGGCUGCUGCUCUUGUUGCAGACCAUGGCCAUCAACCUCAGCAUAGAGAUCAGCUAAUAGAUCUGGUACAAGAAACCUAUGGACCAGCCUUGAGACCAUUGGUGCGUCCAGCCUACAGGAAGCCUUAUCCAGACAUCAUUGAUCAUGAAAAUCCUUUUCCAAGGGGUUUUAAAGUGCCUGAGUUCACUUUAUUUUCUAGUGAGGUUGGUCAGUCCACUAUUGAACAUAUUGGACACUUCACAAUACAAUGUGGAGAGGCGUCUGGAGAUGAUAACUUGAAACUCAGACUAUUCCCUAGCUCUUUAACUGGGACAGCCCUUACAUGGUACCUCAGUCUACCUCAAAAUUCAGUCUACUCUUGGAGGCAAAUGGAGGACUUGUUUCAUACUCAAUUUUAUCGUUGUGAACCGGAAGUGUCUAUGGUAGACUUGUCGAGGUUAGCCCAAAAGCCUGGAGAGUCGUCUGAGGCAUUCCUUGCGAGAUUUCGGAGAGCCAGACUGAAAUGUAGAGUUGCACUGCCAGAAGAAGAGUUUGUUAAGCUGGCUCAGAAUGGUCUGGACAUUGAGCUCCGAAAGAAAUUUGAGGGGAUGAAAUUCCGAGACUUCUAUGAAUUGUCUUAUAAAGUGGCUCGGUAUGAAAAUCUGUUGAAAGAAGAUGUUCAAAAGAAAGCUGCAUCACAUGGAACCUAUUACAGUGACCCUAAUUUUGAUCUUGAUGUGGUUGAGGUUGUUACAGACAAGCUUGUUGUUUGUCCAGACCUUGUCAGACCAACUCACCAGCCUGAGAUGUCUGUGAGACGUUAUGUUGGUGAGGCUGGAAAACAGUAUACUUUUGAUGUGUCAAAAGCUAGUGAUAUAUUUGACCACCUUAAAAAGAGUGCUCUGAUUAAGCUGCCAUCGGGACAUAAAAUCCCGACAGCGGCUGAAAUCGGAGCUAGAGAUUAUUGCAAAUUUCAUAAUUCUUGGAAGCAUUCUACUGAUAAUUGUCUUAUUUUUUGUAAUAUCUUGCAAAAAAAGAUUGAUAAGGGUAUCUUAAAAUUUCCAAACAAAGCGAAGGAAACCAUGGGAAUGGAUGCAGAUCCUUUUCCAGCUGUGUCUGUGAGCGUGAAUGUUGCAGACCUCAGGAGUGUUGCCAGAAAUUGCAGUUUGCCUUAUGCUCAAAGGAACCUUGCUGCAGAAGACUUAAGGUGGGUUCUUGAGGUGCAGAGAUCCAGACAUAGCAGGAGCGUCAGGUCAGACCAGCAGAGGCUCGGGGGGCAAGAAAGGAUCACUGUGACCAGGAACUUCAGUCCAGAAGGUGCCAGACGUUAUUCAACUGGUACUAGAUCUCCAAGGAUGGUCAAACCGCCACUUAAGUCACCUUCCAGACGGUGGGAGAAAGUCAAUCAUCCUAAGUUUCUAGCCCAGAAUCCCAGAACCUUGAGGCGCAGACUGCAACGCAAAAGGGCUGAAGAGCGAAAAAGGCAACAGAAGCUGAUGGAGGCUGAGGGAAGUUCAUCUCGCAGACCACGCCAACCUCCAAAAAGGAACAUGGUGUGGGUGAGAAAAGAGAAAAAUGAGACUGUAACCCAGACUCUACAGAAGGAGGAUGACCAAUCUUCAGCCUCUCCAAAGGUGGCGUCUGUCAUUGUGAGUCCAGACGGAGUUUUGAAAGCAACUUUUGAAGCACAAGAACAGUCUGGGAAUCGUGGAUCUGAAUCAAAAGAAGAUGGAACUAUUCAUUUUGGGGAAUUCUUAGUGAAUUUGUUAUGUCUGGUGCUGACAUUACCCUUGGUUUUCCAAGCCAAGAAGGAGGAUGAACCAAUUGUCUGUGAGUUCCCAAAACAGACAGAAGAAGAGGUAAUUGUUGUUCCAGCUCAGGAUGAUGAAGAGGAGGACAUGACUGACAAAAUUGUGUUUGAAAAACCAGAAGAAAAGAUGGCCAGACACAUUAGGCCACUUUAUAUCAAUGCUUACAUGGAUGGGACUCCAAUCAGCCGUGUCUUGGUGGAUAAUGGAGCUGCAGUCAAUGUCCUUCCCACUUGCAUGCUCUACAAAAUAGGCAAGUCUCUUGAUGAUUUAGUGCAUACUGAGGUUACAAUUAGUGAUUUUACAGGAGGGGUGAAUCAUUCAAGGGGUGUGCUGCCUGUUGAAUUAACAGUGGGAAAUAGGACACUGAUGUCUGCGUUUUUUGUGGUGGAUACUGUUGCUACUUAUAAUGCACUUUUGGGGUGUGACUGGAUUCAUUCAAGUUGGUGUGUUCCUUCUUCACUUCACCAGAAAUUGAUUUUCUGGAAUGGUGGCAAGGCUGAGGUCGUGUCUGCAAAUGAUAAGCCUUUUUCAGCCAACACUCACCUGGUGGAGGCUAGAUAUUAUGAAGAAGACAUUGGUGAGGAGGCAGACCAAGGUGAUGAAAUAACUUUGGAGGAGCUGGAUCUGGCCCCAGCCAAGUUGGAUGAUUUAAAAGCUGAAGUUCAAGAUCCACUGGAGGAGAUCAAUCUAGGGUCUAAAAGUGAACCAAAGACUGUUUUGCUUGGGAUUACCUCAGAAAUGCCAGGUCUGGAUCGGAAAUUGGUGGAACAGAAACUGCCAAUUGUAGAAGGAUUCAGACCGUAUAAACAGCCGCCCAGACGCAUGUCUGCAGAGGUCACUUUGAAGGUGAAAGAAGAAAUUGAACAGCUGGUAAAAGCUGGAUUCAUUCGGACAUGCAGGUAUGCAGACUGGCUGUCAAAUGUAGUGCCUGUGCUGAAAAAGAAUGGAAAAUUAAGAGUCUGUGUUGAUUUCCGAAACUUGAAUUUAGCUACACCAAAGGAUGAGUAUCCUAUGCCAAUUGCAAACUUGUUAGUUGAUGGAGUAGCCCGUCACAAAAUUCUAUCUUUCAUGGAUGGUCAUAGUGGGUACAACCAAAUUUUUAUUGCAGACGCAGACGUUCCUAAGAUAGCCUUUCGAUGCCCAGGUGCUGUUGGAACUUUUGAAUGGGUUGUGAUGCCAUUUGGUCUGAAGAAUGUUGGAGCUAUCUAUCAAAGAGCCAUGAAUGCAAUUUUUCAUGAUAUGAUUGGUAAAUUCAUGGAAAUUUAUAUUGAUGAUGUUGUGGUGAAAUCAAAUGGGGAAGCAGACCACCUGGUUCAUUUGAGGAAGUCUUUUGAGCGGAUGAGGCAACAUGGCUUGAAAAUGAACCCACUUAAGUGUGCCUUUGGAGUGUCUGCAGGUAACUUCCUUGGGUACUUGGUGCAUGAGCGUGGUCUGGAGGUUGACAAGAACAAAGCCAGGGCUGUGAUUGAGGCGAAACCACCACAGAACAAGAAGGAUUUGCAAAGAUUUCUUGGCCAAGUUAAUUUCUUAAGACGUUUCAUUUCUAACUUGGCUGGGAAAACCAGAGUCUUUUCUCCUCUGUUGAAACUCAAGUCUAAGGCGGAUUUUAAGUGGGAAGAACACCACCAGUCUGCCUUUGAUAUGAUAAAGCGUAGAGAAACCAUGUCUGGAGUUGGAGUCGUGGUAAUUUCCCUGUCUAGGCUAAAAACACAAAUGUCUUUCCAGCUGGAUUUUGAUUGCACAAAUAAUCAAGCAGAAUAUGAAGCUUUGAUUAUUGGUCUUGAGAUGUUGGUGGAGCUUAAAGUAUCCAUGGUUGAGGUUAUAGGGGACUCACAGUUAGUCUUGAAGCAAUUGUCUGGUGAGUACAAAUGUACUAGCCUUGCUUUAGCCCUUUAUUUUGCCUUGGCUGUGCAAUUGCUGGAAGAGUUUGAUGAUGUGUCCAUCAGACACGUGCCUAGGGACCAGAACUAUGAAGUUAAUGAAAUGGCCCAUAUUGCUUCAGGUCUGCGAAUUCCUGAAGCAUUGAUGUUACCCAGACAGACUGGCGCUUUCCAAUUAUUUAGUACCUUAAGGAUCAAAGCAGUAAGGAGAGGCCAUGAUGAACUACUGUUGCGUUGUCUGGGUCCAUAUGAAAGUUUCCAGAUGCUGUCUGAUGUCCAUGAUGGGAUUUGUGGUGCACAUCAGGCUGGGAUCAAGAUGCGCUGGUUAAUUCGCAGACAUGGUUUCUUCUGGUCGUCUGUCCUAAAAGACUGCUGGGCUAUUGACUUAAUUGGUAAGGUGUAUCCCCCUUCAUCAAAAGGUCAUUCAUUUAUUAUAAUGGCAACGGAUUAUUUUACCAAAUGGGUGGAGGCUAAACCAAUGAAGAAGGUAGACCAAUCUGAUGUAAUCAAGUUCAUCAAAGAGGACAUUAUUCACAGAUUUGGUCUGCCAGAAACGAUUACAACAGACCAAGGGACAGUUUUUGUCAGCCAUCAGGUGGAGGCAUUUGCAAAGGAAAUGGGUUUUCGUUGGUUAAAUUCUACUCCUCAUUAUGCACAAGCUAAUGGGCAGGCGGAAGCUUCUAACAAGGUGGUGAUUAAUUUGCUUGAAAAAAUGGUGGAUGACAAUCCCAGACACUGGCAUGAAUUAUUGUCUGAAACACUGUGGGCUUAUAGAACUUCACAAAGGAGUUCAACCAAAAUGACACCUUUUGCCUUGACAUAUGGCCAUGACAGUCUUGCCAAUGGAGCUAACAGCCAGGUCUUUAAGAGUGAUGAUUCAGCAUAAUCUUCAGUCUGGAGAAUAUGAUGAGGCCAUGAUGCUUGAGCUUGAGGACCUUGAAGACUCACGUUUGACAGCUUUGGAUAGAUUGCAAGCUCAAAAACUCAAAAUUGCAAAGUCUUACAACAAAAGGGUAAAAGGUAAAAAUCUGGCAGUUGGUGACUUGGUCUGGAAAGCAAUUUUACCUCUUGGCAAGAAAGAUCACAAAGUUGG